AUGCCUUUUCCGUCAUAUCCAGAUGGCGGCCAAUAUCCAACAAGCGCCGCUAUGAGUGGAGGAGAUGAUACAGAGGAAGCACCUCUAUGUAGAGAAACUGAUAUUCCAUGUACCUCUGGAAUAGGUGAAGAAAGCAAAGAAGAUAGACCAAAUUUACAAGAAACUGAGGAAGGCAUUGUUGGGACACCGCAGUUAGAGGAUGACGUUGGUGGUGAUAUGAUUGAAGAGCCAAAGUCGGGAAUGGAGUUUAAUUCUUUUGAAGAAUUAAUGGAUUAUUAUAAGCAAUAUGCUAAGAAAUCAGGGUUUGGGGUAAUGAUAAGAAGGACUGAUAAAGGGGAUGAUGGGACUGUCCGAUAUGCCACCCUUGGUUGUGCCCGUGGUGGGAAGGCCCGGAAUAGGACAUUGAAUGUCGCUAGACCACGUCCAACAGGAAAGACAGAGUGUAAGGCAAAGGUUAAUGCCUUAAAAGUUGAUGGAAAGUUCCGGUUGACAACAGUGAAUAAUCUCCAUAACCAUGGCCUUAGCCCAAAUAAAUCUCGCUUCUUCCGAUAUAAUAGAGAAGUGAGUGACUCUGUAAAAAGAGUCCUAGAUAUAAAUGAUAUGGCUGGGAUCCGAAUGAAUAAGAGUUUCGGAUCUCUCGUCGUUGGCGCUGGUGGAUUCGAGAACCUUCCAUUUUUAGAAAAGGAUUGUCGUAAUUAUAUCGACAAGGCAAGACAUCUAAGGCUUGGGAAAGGUGGUGCUGAAGCUCUUCGAGAGUAUUUUUGUAGGAUGCAGUAUAAAAAUCCUGGUUUCUUUGCACUGAUUGAUUUGGAUGAUGACGGGAGGUUAAGGAAUGUCUUCUGGGCAGACCCCCGUAGUAGGGCAGCCUACCAAUAUUUCGGGGAUGUGGUGACAUUCGACACUACAUACCUGACAAAUAGUGAGGAUACAGAGACCUUUGUGUGGUUAUUUCAGACGUGGUUGCAGUGUAUGGAUGGUAUCGCUCCGAAAGCUAUUAUCACCGAUCAGGACAGAGCGAUGAAAAAUGCAAUUGCUAUUGUCUUUCCUGAAAGCCGACAUCGACUUUGUUUGUGGCAUAUUCUGAAAAAAGUUCCCGAGAAGCUGUCCUCUUAUGCUUCCUACAAAAGUGGGAUGAAGAAUGCAUUGAUGAAAUGUGUGUAUGAUAUACAAACUGUUGAUGAGUUUGAGAAAUGUUGGGAUCAUUUUAUCACCUCUUACAAGUUGCAUGAGAACGCCUGGCUUUCAAGUUUAUACACUGAGCGUGAGUAUUGGGUGCCAGCAUUCUUGAAGGACUGUUUUUGGGCUGGGAUGAGUACAACGCAACGCAGCGAGAGCAUGAAUGCUUUUUUCGAUGGCUAUGUUCAUGCAAAAACAAACUUGAAAGAAUUUGUCGAUCAGUUUGAUAGUGCGUUGAAAAAAAAAGUUGAGAGUGAAAAUAACGCGGACUUCCAUUCAUUUAGCGUUACCAUUCCUUGCAUAUCUAGAUCUCCUAUCGAGAAGAGAUUUCAAGAACUGUACACAAAUGCUAAAUUUAGGGAAGUUCAGAUGCAACUUACUGGCAUUAUCGAUUUGGAUCCAGAGUUACUUAAGAGGGAUGGUGCAGUAAAGACCUAUCUAAUAGAGGACGAAGUUCGGGUUGAAGAGUUCAGUAAGUCUGUUACGUUUUCUGUGGACUUUAGUGAGGAAAAUGCAGAUGCUAAGUGUUCGUGUGGUUUAUUCCAGAUGAGGGGUAUAUUGUGCAGGCACAUUCUCGCUGUAUUUAAAUGUAACGGGAUAAAAUCCCUGCCAGAGAAGUACAUUUUAGACCGAUGGAGAAAGGAUAUCAAAAGGAGAUACACGUUAAUCGAUACCAGCUAUGACGCAGGGGAUCAACGGCCAGAUGCUUCCAGAUAUGCAAGUCUAUUAAAAAUCUGUUACCAAAUGAUUACUCAUGCAGCGGGUUCAAAAAAACAUACUGAGGAUGCCACACAUAAGUUACACGCAAUGAUUGAAUUAUAUACUGAGAAUCAAGAACCCCCAUCGAUUUCCCUCACUGGUUCGAAUGUUGGUUGUACUCAAAAUGACACAGGCACAGUGGGUAGCUCAAAACAAGUACUCAGUCCAUUAGUUGUCAGAGGGAAAGGCAGACCCCCAUCCCUGAGGAGAGCAUCCAGAAUGGAAAAAGAUAUGCGGAGAGUUAAAGGAAAGACAAAGAAAGUAGAAUUGAAACGGAAACAGAGAGAAGGCGGAGAUAUACCAGGGCAAGACACGUGCAGAAAUUUAUUUGGCCCAUCAGAGCUUGUCCAAGAGAAAUCCGUUAAUGUGGUUGGUGGAACCCAGCUCGGAGAAAGGAUGAUUGGGAGUCAAGAAAGUGGGUUGCGCUGACCUCUUGGUUAGCUUGCAUUCUGUAGCUGCCGAAAGUAAGCAUGAGAACUGUGUAUAGGAAGUUCUCAUGUUCAGAAAGGGGUGCUGUUGCGAAAGACCUUUCAAGCAACUCGUGAAACUUGUAAUGCAUUUUUGGAACAAUUGUCGUGGUUUUCCAAUAGGGGAGAGCUGCAGCUGCUGUUAUGAUCUUUAUUAUAUUUUUUUUUCUUCUUCCUUUGGUAGUUGUAGAAACAACUUGUG